UGGGUGUUAGUCUUUCAGGAUGGACGUUGCCUUUCUGUACGUUCUGUGUUGCUUCUUCUUAUGUGUGGGUCAUUCCCAUUUACAGCAUCAUCUGACUCAUGACCCAGGGACGGAGAUGAUACAAGAGCUCUACUCUGCUAUAGAGUCAGCUGACUAUCAGCUAGCUCCGCCCUCAGACUACCCAGAACACCACCAGGUGAUUGACGGAGAGAGUUUUGACUUCAUCGUGGUGGGUGCAGGGUCAGCCGGUAGUGUCGUAGCCAGUAGACUUUCGGAGGUGAAGAAGUGGAAAGUGCUGCUUAUAGAGGCUGGUGGAAACCCGACCAAGACAUCAGAGAUUCCAGGACUUCACCACUUCCUGCAUGGGUCCUCAGUAGACUGGGCCUACCUGACGGACCCUGGAGAGGACAACUGCCUGGGGAUGGUGGGGGGAAGCUGCCGGUGGCCUCGAGGGAAGGUGCUUGGUGGAAGUAGUACAAUAAACGCCAACUUGUACGUCAGAGGCCAUCCUCGGGACUACAACUCAUGGCUCGAGUCUGGCAACGAUGGCUGGGGCUACAAGGAUGUGUUGCCUUACUUCAAGAAAUCCGAGGGACUUCGGGCUCAAGAAGUCAGGGACAGUGAGAACUACAACCAUUAUCACGGGACAACAGGCCAGCUCACAGUGUCAACUUACAACAACUCAGAACUGAAGGAACUGAUUAACGCUUUCUCCAACGGAGUGAAAGAGUUAAACUACAAAGGUCAUACGGAUUGUAACGGAAAGUCUCAACUAGGUUUUGUACCUCUACAAGGUACAAUUGUCGAUGGAAAACGGUGCAGUGCUGCAAAAGCGUUUCUGACUCCGGUAAAAAGUCGGAAAAAUUUGAAAGUAUCUAAGUUUUCUUUGGUUUCAAAAGUUUUAAUAGACAAAAAUAAAGUGUAUGCAGUUAAGUUUACGAACAAAGAAGGUUCUGUGGUUACAGUUAAAGCUUCAAAGGAAAUUAUUUUAUCUGCAGGAGCAAUAAAUACUCCUCAGAUUUUAUUGCUGUCUGGAAUCGGGCCAAAACUUCACUUGGAUGAAUUAGGGAUUAAAGUUGUGAGCGAUUUGAAAGUCGGUGAAAAUCUACAAGACCAUAUGCUUAUGACCGGAGUUUUACUGUCGUUUAAUUACAGCAAACCAGUUAAAUCACAUCUGGAACACAUGUUUGAUUUUCUAACAAAGUCGUCCGGUAAAUUUAGCAAUGUUGGACUUUUGAGUUCUUCGAUCUUUAUCAAUGUUGAAAAGGAUGACAAACAAGACGACUACCCCGAAAUACAGUUUCACAUGGUGGAUAUUGAUCCAAACAUGGAGGAAGACGUUAUUGGGCUUGUCCAACAUACCUACAAUAUCAAAGAGGACAUCUCAAAGUCUUACAUUAACGCUAAUAAAAACCGUUAUUUAGUACUUGCUAUGCCAACGCUUUUAAGACCGAAAAGCCGAGGACAGGUUUUACUAAGAAACACCGAUCCAAAAUCGAGUCCAAAAAUUAUUUCUGGUUACCUUAAUAACGAAGAUGACAUAAGAGUUUAUCUUGAGGCCAUUAGAUUUGUAGAAAAACUUGUUAAUACCAAGGCUAUGAAAACCUUAGAUGCUAAACUUCAUAAAAUAGACAUCCCAGGUUGUAGGGACUUUGAGUUUCCGUCAGAUGAGUAUUGGACGUGCUCUCUUAGACAUAUGGUCUCUACGACGUUUCAUCCGACAUCUACCUGCAAAAUGGGUCCCCCUGAGGACCCUGACAGCGUUGUGGACCCUCGGCUUAGAGUCAAAGGUUUGGUCGGUUUGCGUGUAGUAGACGCUUCUGUCAUGCCUCAGAUCAUCAGUGGAAAUACUAACGCACCAACUAUUAUGAUAGGUGAGAAAGCUGCUGACAUGAUCAAACAGGACUGGGCCGAUGAUGAACUGUAAAAUGUUGUAUAGAAUAUCAAACUCUUUUUUCAGCUUUACAAUAACCACAAGAUAACUACAGUUUCAGAAGUUUCAGGUCUGAUUCAAUAAUUCUUUUUAUCGUCAUUGAUUAUAAAAAUCUUUUCACCUACGACCUUUUUUAAACCAGCCUUUUCAAUUGAAUUCUUUCAUUUGAAAAGAUUUACUUGACGGCAACACACUCACAAUACACUGAUUUAACGAAAUUCCCAGCAAGGAUUUAGCCCAGAAAACAGCUGUUUUCCGUCGGCGCCAGCUUAAAUGGGGUUUCAAUUCGUACUACCACAGAAAACAUACUAUAGUUCGGCCGCUUAGAAAACGACCUGCGCGCUAAUGCUAAACCAAUGUUGGAGGAGGUCGCUUUCUAAGCGGCCGAACUAUAGUAGUACCGCAUGCUUUCUGUGGUACUACACUGUAAUAGUAAUAGCGCAUAACGUACGAAACUUUACAUAAUACUACACAGAAAAAUUAGUUAAUUUUAAACUCAUAACACAAUCUAUUUAGAACAUAACAUAAAUUAUAAUAUUUUAUUUUUAUAUUUCAGAAAAUAAAAAUAGACUGUUGCAAUUAGCUGUUUAUUUCAUCAGCUGACUAAGUGCACGGUAAUAGUAUAUUACGUUACUAGUCCUGAAAAUGGGUGUUUACCGGACGAGUGUGGUCGUUCCCGUGCGAGACGAAGUCGAGUACGGAAUUACCAUACUAGUGACGUACGAUAUUUUACGCCAUACUACAGAUCCUUAUAUUGACUAAAGGACUAACAAUCUAUUAUAAUAUUAAAGUGAUACAAUCAAAUUUUAUGUAAACGGUUAAGGUCAUUUACCAAAUAAAAAUAUAGGCAUAUGGUACAUCAAAAUGAAGCUUGGAGUGUGUAGAUUUGCCGAAAAGUAUUGAUAUGGACGAAUUUCCUAAGGACUCUGCCCCACAGGAUGAUUUCCAAAGGGCUACGCCUGGCAUGCUUUCAAUGUUUAAAUGAUUUAAUUUAACUAGUGGCUUGUAGGGGCAAUAGCCCCUAUAUGUAUAUUCUAGUAACUAUUUUGUAUAAAUUACAUGUAUUAGUCUCAUGGGUUACCCUACCUUGAAUUAUUGUUUAACAUUUGUGUAUGUUAACACUGGUUUUUUCAAAUAAAUGCCAACUUUUUUGAA